AUGAGUGGACAGGCAAUUUUCUAUUUCUUCUUGCUUUGUUUGAAAAAAUUCGACAGUAAUUCCAUAAAGAUUCACUAUAUAUACUCUCUUUUCUUCUCUCUCACAGGUGCAAGAUCAUUUCAUCGAAGAAGUUUGCAUCACAUUGGAGACGAGCCAAAUCCCUACGAACAAGCAAUAUCAAUUAUAGGAAGAACGCUAUCCAAAUUUGACGAAGAUAACUUAAUUCCAUGUUUUGGUUUUGGAGAUGAGAUUUGUGAGGGCUUCGAGGAAGUUUUGAGCCGGUAUAGAGAGCUCGUUCCUCAAUUGCGACUUGCAGGACCAACUUCAUUUGCCCCUGUUAUUGAGAUGGCUAUCACUAUUGUCGAGCAAAGUGGUGGCCAAUACCAUGUUUUACUGAUAAUUGCUGAUGGUCAGGUCACGAGAAGUGUGGGCACUGCUCGUGGCCAGUUAAGUCCCCAAGAGAAGAGAACUGUGGAUGCAAUUGUGAAAGCAAGUGACCCACUGUCGAUAAUAUUAGUCGGAGUUGGGGAUGGGCCUUGGGAUUUUGUAAACUUCACGGAGAUUAUGUCGAAAAACACGGAUCUACCCCGUAAAGAAGCCGAGUUUGCACUUUCGGCUUUGAUGGAAAUACCUUCUCAAUAUAAAGCCACGCUCGAGCUUAACAUUCUUGGUGCAACUAGAGGUAAUGGAGUGGAUAGAGUUGCUCUUCCUCCUCCUUUGUACGGUGCAAACUCUGUUUCCACACCAAAAACCUCACAAAACGGCAUUUUUCGACCGAGUGAACCUUCUAGAAGCCAACACGAACCAGCUGUUCGCACGAGCCAACUUCAAGCUACGAAGGAUGGAUCAGCCAUAGUAUCUGAAGCUACAACAUCCGAAGGCAAUGCUCUUAAAAUUAAAGAAUUGGAAGCCACAAUUAUCCAAGAUGAAGUUGCUUCAAGUCAAGGUAUAAAAAUUAGGAGAAGACCACCAACUGGACAACCUCUUCAUUAUGUCGGACCGUUUGAGUUUCGCUUGCAGAAUGAAGGCAAUACUCCUCGUAAUAUUCUUGAAGAAAUUGUAUGGAAUAAGGACGUUGAAGUCUCUCAGAUGAAAGAAAGAAAACCGCUGAGCACGCUGAAAAAGCUGUUAGAUAAUGCUCCCCCUGUAAGAGAUUUUAUUGGAGCACUUAAAGGCGCUAAUACACGAACUGGUCUACCUGGUUUGAUUGCCGAGGUAAAAAAGGCUUCACCAAGUAGAGGAGUCCUUAGAGAAGAUUUUGAUCCUGUUCAGAUUGCUAAAGCCUAUGAAAAAGGCGGAGCAGCUUGCCUUAGUGUUUUAACUGAUGAGAAGUAUUUCCAGGGAAGUUUUGAAAAUUUAGAAGCCAUCAGGAAAUCCGGAGUACAAUGUCCCCUCUUGUGUAAGGAGUUUGUGGUAGAUGCAUGGCAAAUCUUCUAUGCUCGUGUAAAAGGCGCAGAUGCUAUUUUAUUAAUUGCGGCCGUUUUACCCGACUUGGACAUCAAGUAUAUGAUUAAGAUUUGCAAAUUGCUCGGUUUAACAGCCCUUGUUGAGGUACAUGAUGAGUUAGAGAUGGAUCGUGUGCUCGAAAUUGACGGGAUUGAACUUGUUGGCAUUAAUAACCGUGACCUCGGAACAUUUGAGGUUGAUAUCACAAACACGAAAAAGCUCCUUGAAGGUGAGCGGGGACAAAGGAUAAUCGAGAAAGGCAUUAGUAUUGUUGGAGAGUCGGGACUUUUCACGCCUGCUGAUAUUGCAUAUGUUCACGAAGCUGGCGUCAAAGCUGUUUUGGUUGGGGAGUCGAUUGUGAAGCAGAAAGACCCUUGCGCGGGUAUAGCUCAACUCUUCGUUCUAUCUAAGAUAUUUGAGGUUUACAUUAUGAAGAAGUGA